GUGUCAUGGCGGGUGGAAAUUCUAAAACGGCGGUUCCGGAGAGUCGGUCCUGGUUUUGGGCAGUUGCUGUUGGAGUGACGCUUUUGAAAUGCCUCUUCAUCAAUUGCUAGUGAGUCUCAGUUUUGGUGAUGAUUCGCUCCACAGACUUCGAGGUCCACAGGAACUGGCUUGCUAUCACCCACAGUCUGCCUAUGUCGCGCUGGUACUAUGAGAACACUUCUAUCUGGACUCUGGACUAUCCGCCGCUGUUUGCCUGGUUUGAAAAGGGAUUAUCCAAGGUCGCUCAGCAUGUGGACCCCAACAUGCUCCGGGUGGAGAACCUGGACUACAGUAGCCAGAGCACGAUCCUUUUCCAGCGUCUGUCCGUCAUCUUCACCGACGUCCUCUUCAUCCUCGGCGUCAGGGAGUGUUGCAGAUGUGUUCGGAACCCGAAAGGCAACCAGGACCUCCUGAGGAAUCCGUCUUUUGUUCUCGCUGUGCUGCUGCUCUGCAAUUUCGGCCUGCUCAUCGUCGAUCAUAUUCACUUCCAGUACAACGGCUUCCUCUUCGGCUUCCUGUUCCUUUCCAUUGCCAGGCACAUGCAGUCCCGCCACCUGCAGGGGGCGCUGCUGUUUUCCAUCCUGCUGAACCUAAAGCACAUCUACUUGUACUUGGCGCCGGCGUAUGGAGUUUAUUUGCUGAGAAGUUUCUGCUGGAGACAAAACCACCCAGAUGGCUCUAUCCGGUGGCUGAGCUUCAGUCCGGUCCGCCUCCUGGUUUUGGGCUUUAUCGUGAUCUCUGUGUGCUGCCUGUCGUUCGGGCCAUUCAUCGCCAUGGGUCAGCUCCCUCAGCUCCUGUCUCGCCUCUUCCCUUUCAAGCGAGGUCUGUGUCACGCCUACUGGGCCCCAAACUUCUGGGCUUUCUACAACAUCCUGGACAAGGUUCUGACCACACUUGGUUUUCAACUGGAGCUGCUGGAGGCGGAGCAUCUGCCUAAAGCCUCCAUGACAGGUGGUUUGGUGCAGGAGUUUCAGCAUGUUGUCCUCCCGUCAGUUUCGCCUCUCACCACACUCGUCUGCUCGCUGCUGUCCAUCUUGCCGGCGCUGGGCUCUGUCUGGCGUCGCCCUCGUGGCUCCCGAGGUUUCCUGCGAUGCUUGGUGAUCUGCGCGCUGGGAUCCUUCAUGUUCGGCUGGCAUGUGCACGAGAAGGCCGUGCUGCUCGCCAUCCUGCCGCUCAGCAUCCUGGCAGUGCAGAACAGAGAGGACGCUGGGACCUUCCUGCUCCUGGCCACCGCUGGACACUACUCCCUGUUUCCUCUCAUCUUCAGUGCUGCUGAGCUGCCAAUCAAAGUCCUGCUGAUGCUGUCGUUCACCGUCUUCUCCUUCUCGGCGCUGAAGCACCUGCACCACGCUCCUCUCCUGCACCCUCUGGAGGUGGUCUACCUGACGGGCCUGCUCCCUGUGGCCGUGGCCUGCGAGCUGAUAUACCCCCUGUCGCCCUGGCAGCAGAAGCUUCCCUUCCUCCCUCUGCUGGUGACCUCGGUGUACUGCUCGGUGGGUGUCUGCCACGCUUUCCUGCGCCUGUACGCCAGCCUCCUGAGGACGCCGCCGAAACAGAAAGAAUCGUGAAAAGUCAAAACUGUGAAGAGGCUGCAAGAGUGGAGCUUUAUAGUUUUAUAUUUUCAAUUGAAAAUAAACCUUUUU